CGUAUCGCCACGUCUCUGCGCAUGUGCGUCCGAGUCACUUCCGGGCUGGGUGCUGUUGUGUUGAGAGAUCAACAUCAGGCAGCUGCUAUUUUUAAUGACAUUUACUGUCUGCCUGUCCUGGACAUUCUCUUUACUUUAACAGACGUUGAAUCUGUCUCAACAUCGACGUUUAAAAUACUAGCCAAAGCGGAGACUUAGCAGGAUGAAUUACAUCUGGGAAGUAGUGGGAAGGCAUCCAACAGGCCAACAGCCGACUGGAGCAGAAACAAUCCAAAAAUUGUGUGACCGAGUGGCUUCAUCCACCCUGUUGGAGGACCGAAGAGAUGCUGUCCGUGCCCUCAAAUCUCUUUCCAAGAAAUACCGUAUGGAGGUUGGCACAAUGGCUAUGGACCAUUUGGUUCGUAUACUGCAGACUGACCGGGCAGACACAGAAAUCCUAGGUUACGCUUUGGACACUUUGUACAACAUUGUUUGCAGUGACGAAGAGGAGGAACCAGAUGAUUCUGAAGCAAGGAUAUAUUUGGUUUCUAAUGUUGUGUUUUCACACUCGAUAGGAGUGUCCAGGUUAAUGGAUCUACUUGCUGACUCCAGAGAAGUUAUCCGUAAUGAUGGUCUCCUGCUGCUGCAGCAGUUAACCAAAGGCAACACUGCAAUACAGAAAAUUGUGGCUUUUGAAAAUGCAUUUGAGAGACUUCUUGAAAUUAUCACAGAGGAGGGUUCAAGUGACGGAGGUAUUGUGGUGGAGGACUGUCUCUUAUUGUUGCUCAACCUCCUGAAGAACAAUAGCUCCAACCAGAAUUUUUUUAAAGAAGGCUCCUAUGUCCAAAAGAUGAAGCCAUGGUUUGAAGUGGGGGAUGACAACUCUGGCUGGUCGGCACAGAAGGUCACCAACCUCCAUCUAAUGCUACAGCUGGUACGAGUGAUGGUUUCUCCAGUGAACUCUCCAGGGGCCACAACCAGCUGUCAGAAAGCCAUGUUCCAGUGUGGUCUCCUCCAGCAGCUCUGCACCAUCCUCAUGGCCACAGGUGUUCCUGCAGACAUCCUCACAGAGACCAUCAAUACUGUGUCAGAAGUCAUACGUGGCUCUGAAGUGAAUCAGGACUACUUUGCAUCAGUUAACGCGCCAUCCAAUCCACCAAGGCCUGCGAUUGUGGUUCUUCUAAUGUCGAUGGUGAAUGAGAGACAGCCGUUUGUUCUCCGCUGUGCUGUACUUUACUGCUUCCAAUGCUUCCUGUACAAGAACCAUAAAGGACAGGGGGAGAUUGUAGCCACACUGCUGCCCUCCACUAUAGAUGCUAACUCUAUCUCAGCGGGACAGUUAUUGUGUGGAGGUCUGUUCUCAGCAGACUCUCUGUCAAACUGGUGUGCCGCUGUGGCUCUAGCUCAUGCGCUGCAGGAUAACCUCACCCAGAAAGAACAGCUGCUACGGGUACAAUUGGCCACCAGUCUCGGCAAGCCACCCGUUUCUCUUCUCCAGCAGUGCACCAACAUCCUGUCCCAGGGUGAUAAGCUCGACCGGAGGGUGAGUAUUUCAGCGUGGACAGUGGCUGCAAGUAUGAUAACAAAAGCAGUGCUUAGGUCAAGCGAGGAAGAGAAAAAGGAAGAAGAGGUGAAGAAAACACUAGAACAGCAUGACAGCAUUGUAACCCAGUACAAAGAGUUGAUUCGAGAACAGGAUUCUCAAAUAAAUGAGCUGAAGGAGCAAGUAACAUCGCAGAGUUCCCAGAAUGAAAAGUUGCAGAACACCAUAACACAGCAGUUCUCGCAGAUCCAGCAGCACAAGGAUCAGUAUAACAUCCUCAAACUCAAACUAGGUAAAGAUAAUCAGCAGACAGGUAAUCAGGCAGAGGCAGCACAUGUGAACGGCGUGCAACCAGAGGAGCUGAGCCAACUCCGAGAACAACUUGAGGAACUGCAAAGACAAAACCAACUGCUGCAGACACAGCUGACUGAAAAGGACUCUCUAAUAACCAGCCUGAAAGCUGAGGGAGUACCAUCAGCAGAGGGUUCAACUUCAGAGGUCACAGAAUUACAAAAGGAGGUUGAGUUGCUGAAAGCACAGCUGCAGAGCCAGACCGCAGAGAUCACACAACUACAGAGUGAAAGACAGGAGCUACUCAGAGGAUCUGAGACCACAGCUGCAGUUCCAGGAGAAGACGCUGAGGGAGUACCAUCAGCAGAGGGUUCAACUUCAGAGGUCACAGAAUUACAAAAGGAGGUUGAGUUGCUGAAAGCACAGCUGCAGAGCCAGACCGCAGAGAUCACACAACUACAGAGUGAAAGACAGGAGCUACUCAGAGGAUCUGAGACCACAGCUGCAGUUCCAGGAGAAGACGGUGUCUACACAGAAAAGAUUGCAGAGUUAGAGAGCAGGCUCUCUGCUCAGACAGCUGAGACACAAAAGCUCAAGGGGGAAGUUAAAACUCUUCUGGAGAGUAAGGAAUUGAUGGAGAAAGAGCUUGCUUCAGCCACGAGCACAGCUGCCAUCAUGCUGUCAGAGAAGAGCAAGUUGCAGCAGGAGGUGCAGGAGUCCAAGAAGGAGCAGGACGAUCUUCUCAUGCUACUCGCUGACCAGGACCAGAAGAUUCUGAGCCUGAAACAGAGACUCAAGGACUUGGGAGAGACGAUUGAAGAUGAGGAUGAUUUGGAUUCAAGGGACCAGUUUGAUGAUGAUGACGAAGAAGAGGAAGAAGAAGAGUGUGAUGAAUAAAAAAAGUAUUGAUUUAAUAGUGGUAGUGAAAGACUGCUAUUAACCUGUCACUUACACGCUUAGAGAAAGAGAUUGUAAGCCUUGGACCGUAGAGCUAAUCUUCUGAUUUUUAGAAGAAUCACCUAUUUCUUUACUUUCUUCAUAACUGCAUUUUAAUUUUUAGAAUUUAUUUUGCAGUGGACAAAACAAUCCAACUAAUUGAACCAGACCCAUUUCAUUUUAAAGAAGCUUUGAAUUUAUUCAGAUAAUAAAUACAGAUGGAUACUUUCUUUUUGAUCAACAUUCCCAGUGCUUAUGUCCUGGUAACGUACUGUAGAGGAUUCUGGAGAGCUAUUUGACCUAAUGAUGGAAAGGAGAAAAUAAAAAGAUUUGCGUCUUUGUUAUACAUAGUGCAAAGCCACAGAGAAAGUUCAGUCUGCAUUUCUUUACAGUUUGACAACUUGUAAGUGUCUUGAUGAUGGAUGGAUGUAUUCUGUAAGACCUGCCUUCUCUGCUCAGGUGCAUAGUGAACUCUGUUUAACAUCUCAUUCAAAUUUGGUCCUUUUCCUGUUUUGCUUUAGAUUGCUGCCUGGUCAAAUGGCUGUUGUUGUUGUUGUUUUUUCUUUCAUCUGUUCCUCCAUGUCUGCAGUUUUCAGAAUUGUUCAUCCAUACAUUCAUAUCUACAAAUGAUCAAACAGACUCUUGCAUCUUGCAAAACCCACUUUGCAUAACAUUGUGUUAAUACUAUCCAUGUGUUAUUCAGUAUAACACUUCUGAAGUCCCACUAAAUGUUGGGAUGCUACACUUUCAGGUUCCUAAAAAACUGGAGAGGUAUUUUGCGAAAUUUGAUUCAAGCUUUGGUUAAUUUAUGGAUAAACAAGCCUCCUUAGAAUAAACUAUAUAAAUACUUGUCUGUGAUGUUUUGGUUUUAAACUAAAGUUUUUAAUUUGUGUCUUUGAUGGGUGUUUUGUUCAAUAUACAGCUGUAUUUGAGGAUUGACUGAGAACUUUUCCACUGCUAAUACCCACAAAUAUAAUUUUGCCAUGAACUGCAUUCAUGGUCAUGUUUGAUAAUGAAUUAUACAACCAUUAUUUAGGAAUUGUAAAGGAAGGCAUAUAAUGAAGUUCAUAGAGCAUGUUUUGCAGCUUUACAGACAACAAUGCCAUAAUUAGAAAAGUGUGCACUGGAAAAAAAAAAACUGCUACUAUAUAAUUAUAUGUUUGCUAUUUGUACACUACAAUUUGUUCUUCUGUUCAAGGUAGCAUUAAAAUAAAAAGUCCAA